CACCGAAUACUCCUCGGAAGAAGGGUUUCAUUUUGCAAUAUGUCUUGAGGAAAGAGUACGAUUUGAACUUCUUUACAUAUCCUCGUUUGGAACCAUCCUGAUCACCGAGCCUAAGACUGUCUACCUUGUUGAUUGUACAGAGUACGUCUAAGUACGUCUACGGUGUACAGUGUACAGUAUAGUGUACGUCUACAGUAUAUGAACAGUAUCAUGGCAGAAUAUGAUGAAGGAUCGCCUCUCAUUUCGCCCCGGGUGAUUAACGACGAACGCCCCGUUCGGGAGCGCGUUGUCCGACACCCCGAGUCCAUGAGCGGGUUGUAUCUGUUUCUCCUGACGGUGGGGAUAGGAGGGUACGAGAGAAUGGCUUUCGUCAAUAAUCAAUCUACUUCCUACUUGCUAACUGGUCUAGAUUACAGAUUGUCUGGUCGGUGGAGUUGUCGAAUGGGUCGGUAAGGACACUCCUCACUUAUACUCACUCACUCCUCACUCCUCACUUAUACUCGUUUAGCCAUAUCUACUUUCUCUCGGAAUGAGUAAAUCCCUGUUGGCUUUCGUUUGGAUCGCGGGCCCCCUUACUGGAACCCUGGUGCAGCC